UUCUGGGAGCGAGAGCACUCUGUGCGGAUCUGAGGCAAGGACGAGACAGCGCAGACAGGACAGGAGGGGGCCAUGGAACGGUACCGGGGCCGCGCCGCGCUCGUCACGGGCGCCAGCGUCGGCAUCGGCGCCGCCAUUACUCAGGCGCUGCUCAGACGCGGCGUCAACGUCGUGGGGCUCGCCAGGAGGGUCGACAGAGUCCAGGCACUGGAACUGAAAGAUGCCCCUGGGAAGCUGUACCCUUUGCAAGGGGACGUCAGCAGAGAGGACAGCAUCCUUGCGGCUUUCAAGUGGAUCAAAGAUAAUCUGUCAGGCGUUGACAUCCUCGUCAACAACGCUGCGAUUCUAAUUGAUGAGGAACUGACAUCUGCAUCGACGGACUCAUGGAGGCGCAUGCUGGACGUGAACGUGCUGGGUCUGAGCAUCUGCACCAGGGAGGCCAUCCAGGACAUGAUCAGAAGGGGCGUCGACGACGGGUUCGUCAUCCACAUCAACGGCAUCUGGGGACACUCACCGGCGGCGGGCGGUGAGCUCGCCAUGUACGCGUCCACCAAGCACGCGGUGCGGGUUCUGCUGGAAGGCCUGCGAAAGGACCUGGUGGCCAGGAAGAGCAACAUCCGCGCCGGGGAAAUAUCUCCGGGAUUGGUAAAGACUGAUAUUCUUUCCAAUACCAACAAAUGGACACCAGAAUUGUUCGAUAAGGUGAAUUGCAUGGAGCCGGAAGACGUUGCGGAAGCUGCAAUCUACAUGUUGUCCCAGCAUCCACGUGUCCAGGUUCAUGACAUUAUCAUCCUGCCAACUGGAAACCCUAUGUAGAUAUCAUCAUGAAAUGCACCGAAUGAGAUUUCUAUUGAUAACCAAAUAUGCGAUUCAGGAUAUUCUUCUACUGAUUUCUACAUUGCCAUUCAGUCAAAUCAGCGUAAGAACUACACACAAAAAAACAGAACGGUUCUCUUGAAGAUUGGGGCUACCGUGCGCAACAGAACUUGAAUGCCCAGCAGAAGAGUGGACUGAGGAGACCCUGCCGGCCGGAGUGGCCGAGCGGCUAAAGGCGCUACAGUCGCAGGUUCGAACCUUCCUCGGGCAUGGAUGUGUGUGAUGUCCUUAGGUUAGUUAGGUUUAAGUAGUUCUAAGUUCUAGGGGACUUAUGACCACAGCAGUUGAGUCCCAUAGUGCUCAGAGCCAUUUGACCCAUUUUUUGAGGAGACCCUGCGGAACCUGUACUCAAUCCGAAAAGCCACAUCGCUGUUGCAGGAGCUUACGUACGAUUUUGUGUAACUUAAUAUUGUUAAUGUAUAUAAAUUGCGGAAGGGUCUGUGGUCAUGAAAUGAGGGGUCAACAAUAAAGAAAAAUAAAAAAGUAUUUAUCUGCUUACAAUCAUAAAUCGAUGUUGAGUUCCGAAAGUUAACAACAGCACGUCCAUAUGUUUUCCUGAGCUUUGGUCUACAACUUCUCCAUCAUCGUACUCCUUCGUGGGCGCUAAUGAGAAAGUAAAACUCUCUCACA